UCGCAUACUUGCUUCCAACUCUCUCUUCUUCUUCUUCUUUCCAUCUCUCUCUACUGUUCCGCUCUCUAGAGAAUCAAUCGGACCUUGCAAUACAUAAUAGGUAAUUAAAUUAAUCCCCCUUUUUGUCUUUCAUUUUUAUUUUAUUUUUUCAUUUUUCAUUUUUAACUUGUCUCUCUCUCUCUCCUAUUUUCUUUUCCUCGCAAUCAAUUAUUGAAUUUUUCAAGUUCUUAAUUAAUUCAAUUUGUGUCGCUUGAAAAUUCCUGGGGACGCUGUUCGACUGUUUCGAGUUAUUGGGGAGGAAAUUUACGAAUUUGAACCGAGGUUAUGUGAAAAUUAGGGAAGCCUUUGAAUCGGUUGGAACUAUCCUCGAUUUUGAUUGCCCGCGAGAGAGAGAGAGAGAGAGAGAGAGAGAGAGAGAGGAGGCGGGAUUGUGAUGUCUGGUUGGGAGUUGGAUUAGGAAAUCAACUGAUUUGAUUGCGGCAAUUGAUUUAAUUGGGUGGGAAAAUUUUUCUGAUCUGGAUUGAUUGCUGCCUCGUGAUGUUAGUGGUCUGAUGGAGUUCGUUGUUCAUUCAUUUUGUAUUCAAUAGGAAUACGGAAGUUGCCAUCAGCCAAUGCAAGUGUUUAGAGCUUUGGGCGGUGGUUUGCUUUGUCGAUUUGGGGGAAUGCUGUGCGGUUCUGUUAGGGUUUGCUUUCAUGGAAAGCCCUCCCAGUUUCUCCAUAUCUGGAGAAAAUUUGAAUUAUCAUGUGGGAAAAAUGGCAAAUGUCAGAUCUUUCUCUUGCAGUCUGGAACAGCACUGUUGCUUCUCGAGGGGGCUUGGUGUUCGAAUGACUUCUGUUUUGUUGUUUUUAUAGCUAUGAUAUGUGGUUACUUCAGCAACUUCUCAUGACAAUUUGAGUUGUUUUAUUCGAUAAUGGGUUUCUUGGUCACACUUAUCCCCAAUAUGAUGUUCUGGGUUUCAAACUAAUAACUGUCUUGCAACUCAUAGACUCAAAAAGUAUUGUUUUUUUUUUUUGCAGAUUUUACUUACCUUAGACAGAGGUAUCCAUUAAAACCUCAGAUUUUCUACCUAAUUUUUUUCUUUUGUUGUAUGUGAGCAUAUAGUUUUUUUUCAGGUUUCAAAUUUGUUUCCCUUAUGUCUGUUUACUUGUGACUAUCAGAAGCUUGGCUGUAUCUAUCUCACUGUGUUCGGAAUAUGCUUUCGUCCUGUGCCAUAGCUCUCUUGAGUUUUAAUUCUUAUCAGACUGUUUUGUAUCGUUUCUUCAUUGAAAUUCAGUUUUCUAAACUUUUGUGCAGAUCAGCAAUGCCUGUAGAAAUCUGUUGACCGGUCUGUCUGGGUUCUCUUUUAUGUCUAUCCCAGUCUUUACUUUGAAGGGAAAUACAAAAUAAGCCAGUUAGACCUUCUUCAGUUUACAAUUUUUUGUGUAAGCAUUCACACAUGAAAUGGGUUCUAAAGGGAUGUUAACAUUUGAUCUUAAUGAACCCCCUACCGAGGAUGAUGAGGGGACUAGCAGCGUCCCCUUGCAGCCACAGAAGGCCCUUCUCUCUUCAACUCAACAGACUUCUGAUUUCUUAGAUUCAUCAACAGUUGUUAAACCAGCAGAAAGAGAAGAAGGUGAGUGGUCUGAUGCUGAGGGUUCUGCUGAUGAACAUACCAGAAGUAGCAGCCAUAUUCAGGGUAAAACUUCCCAGGAUCUGGUGAAAUCCAAACUGGCAGCAUGUAGUGCUUCUGACAAUGGUAAAAAUUCCAUUACUGAUACAGCUAUUGAUAAAAUCAAGUCAGAGAGCAGUGUUCAUCAUUCAUCGCAAGAGCUGAAUCAAGAUGUGUCUGAUCAGGAAGGUGGGAGUGCUCAAAAUUUAGACACCACCAAAUAUCUUGAUUCAACAAAUGGUCUAGAAGAUAGAGGGACAGUUCCAAAACAAAGAGAAGCAAAGGGUCCUGAAGCGAGUCAUGCACUUAGGCUUGCUAAUCAGCCAGUGAAGAGGAAAAUAGACCACCAAAAAGAAGCAAUGCUAGGAAAGAAGCGUAAUAGACAAACCAUGUUGAUCAAUAUUGAUGAAGUCAAGCAAGCUGGACCUAUGAAAUCUUUGACCCCAAAGAGACAGGUGACAGCCGUCCGAACUGUAAAAGAAAGUAGAGCGGUUCCUUCGUCAGGUGGAGAAAAGUACAACAUUGCUUUUGCCAAGGAUCAGAAACAGGCCGAUUUUUCAACCAAUGAGGUUGGUACUAGUCUGGAGUCCUCCCAACCCAAACCUGUAAGCAAUGGUGAUGUAAAUUCAUCAGAAGUUUCUAAGCCUAGGAAGCUUAAUGGCGACGCAGAUUCAUCAUCAGAGGCACAACUACCUCCUAUACCAAGACAGAGUUCAUGGAAGCAACCAACUGAUACGAGACUUCAGAAAAAUAUAAACUUGUUUAAUCGGAAACCACCUUCUAUCAGCCAAAAUAUCACGGAUUUAAAACCUGGAAGCAAAAAGAAUGUUCCCGCGAAGAAGCCAGCUCUGAUGGGUUCUUCAUAUCAGGAUUCCUCAGUAGAACGUCUUAUUCGGGAGGUGACAAAUGAAAAGUUUUGGCACCAUCCAGAGGAUUCUGAGCUUCAGUGUGUUCCGGGCAGGUUUGAGUCAGUGGACGAAUAUGUCAGAGUGUUUGAACCUUUGCUUUUUGAGGAGUGUCGAGCUCAACUUUAUAGCACAUGGGAGGAGUCUUCUGAAACGAAUUCUCACAUAAUGGUCCGGGUUAAAACAGUCGAAAGGCGAGAAAGAGGUUGGUACGAUGUGAUUGUCCUCCCAGUGAGUGAUUGCAGAUGGACAUUUAAGGAGGGUGAUGUUGGUGUUCUUUCAAAUCCAAGGCCUGGGACAGUGAGAUCAAAGAGGAACAUUGGCUCAUCCAGUGAAGAAGGUGACGAACUUGAGACGAAUGGACGUGUGGCUGGCACUGUUAGACGCCAUAUUCCUUUGGAUAAUCGUGAUCCUCCUGGUGCAAUCCUUCAUUUUUAUGUGGGGGGUUCAUAUGACACAUACAGCGGCAAGGCUGAUGAUGAUCAUAUCCUCAGGAAGCUUCAACCGAGGAGCAUUUGGUAUCUGACUGCGCUUGGUUCUCUUGCAACCACUCAGCGAGAAUAUGUUGCUUUGCAUGCGUUUUGCCGCCUCAACUCACAGAUGCAAAAUGCAAUCUUAAAGCCCAGUCCUGAGCAUUUCCCAAAAUAUGAGCACCAGACACCAGUCAUGCCUGAGUGCUUCACUCCUAAUUUUGUUGACCAUCUGCACAGAACCUUCAAUGAGCCCCAACUGGGAGCAAUCCAAUGGGCUGCGACACACACAGCUGCUGGCACAAGUAGUGGUACGACAAAGAGACAAGAUCCAUGGCCUUUUACUCUUGUUCAGGGCCCUCCUGGGACAGGUAAGACGCACACUGUAUGGGGGAUGCUCAAUGUCAUCCAUCUGGUGCAGUAUCAGCAUUACUAUACAUCAUUACUUAAGAAAUUAGCACCACAGAGCUAUAAGGCAGCCAAUGAGAGCAGUACCGAGAAUAUUGUCGUGGGUUCAAUUGAUGAAGUUCUUUAUAACAUGGACCAGAAUCUAUUUCGCACGCUUUCAAAACUAUGCCCAAAGCCCAGAAUGUUGGUUUGUGCUCCUUCUAAUGCCGCAACAGAUGAACUUCUCUCACGAGUUCUCGAUCGUGGAUUUAUUGACGGUGAGAUGAAAGUUUACAGACCAGAUGUUGCUAGGGUUGGUGUCGAUUCACAAUCGCGUGCUGCACAGGCAGUCUCAGUUGAACGGCGGACUGAACAGCUUCUAGUCAAGAGCCGUGAAGAGGUUUCGAAAUGGAUGCAAGAUUUAAGAGGUCAAGAAGCUUAUUUCUCGGCACAUAUUGCUGAUCUACAGAAUAAACUCAGUUUUGCAGCUGCUGAUGGUCGUUUCCAAGGAUCUGUUGGUGUUGACCCUGAUGUUCUCAUGGCACGUGACCAGAACCGAGAUGCAUUGCUGCAAAACCUAGCAGCAGCUGUUGAGAACAGGGACAAAGUCCUUGUUGAGAUCUCUCGCCUUCUUAUUCUGGAAGGUAGGUUCCGAAACAGUGGUAACUUCAAUCUUGAAGAAGCCCGAGCUAGUCUUGAGGCGAGUUUCGCCAAUGAAGCCGAGAUUGUUUUCACAACAGUCUCUAGUAGUGGUCGAAAGCUGUUCUCUCGUCUUUCUCAUGGCUUUGAUAUGGUGGUUAUUGACGAGGCAGCCCAGGCUAGUGAAGUUGGUGUUCUUCCUCCACUUGCGCUUGGUGCUGCUCGUUGCGUCCUUGUUGGUGACCCUCAGCAACUUCCUGCAACUGUCAUUAGCAAGGCUGCUGGAACAUUGUUAUACAGUAGAAGCCUGUUUGAAAGGUUUCAGCAAGCAGGGUGCCCAACUAUGUUGCUCUCUGUGCAAUAUCGAAUGCAUCCUCAAAUCCGCGAUUUUCCUUCAAGAUACUUUUAUCAAGGGCGUCUUACCGACAGUGAAAGUGUUAUCAAGCUACCUGAUGAGGUGUAUUACAAGGAUCCUUUGCUCAGGCCUUAUCUGUUCUAUGAUGUUACUCAUGGGCGAGAAUCUCACAGAGGUGGAUCUGUAUCUUAUCAGAAUAUACAUGAAGCACAAUUAUGUGUUCAGUUGUACGAACAUCUCAUGAAAAGUUUAAGGUCAUUGGGAAUCGGGAGAAUCACAGUUGGCAUCAUCACUCCAUACAAGUUGCAACUUAAAUGUCUUCAGCAUGAGUUUUCAGAGAUUCUGAAGUCGGAGGAGGGGAAAGAUAUUUAUAUCAAUACUGUAGAUGCUUUUCAAGGACAGGAGCGUGAUGUCAUAAUCAUGUCCUGUGUUCGUGCCUCCAGUCAUGGUGUUGGCUUUGUUGCUGAUAUCCGCCGGAUGAAUGUUGCUCUUACACGUGCAAGAAGAGCUCUAUGGGUGAUGGGGAAUGCAAGUUCGCUGAUGCAGUCUGAUGAUUGGGCGGCAUUGAUAACUGAUGCCAAAGCGAGGAGUUGUUUUAUGGAAAUGGAUUCUUUGCCCAAAGAUUUUCUUGGUUCCAAGGGAAUGAUGCAAGGCAACAAAGGCCCAUUAUUGAACAUGAGGAGUUUGAGAUCUGGUGGUGGUCCAAGAUACAACAGAUCGUUUGAUGUUCAUAUGGAGUCCAGGGCAGGAGCACCAUCUGAAGGUGAUGAGAACAACACAAGUACAAUCUCUAGAAAUGGGAAUUACCGGCAUUUUAGUAAGCCCCCAAUGGAGAAUAAUCCUCUGGAGGAUUAUGGUCAACAAUCAGGUGAAAGGUCGAGGGAAUCCUGGCAGUAUGGGGGUAAAAGGCCUUUUGGAAAAAGAGACUCAUAAUUUAACAACAUAGUUUGCCAUCUCUUCAGUUCAACCUCUGACUGUUGGGACUCCAUGCAGCCAGCAAUAUCUGAGGCCCAAACAAGGCGUCUCAUUAUUGCUCGGGGCAUUAUUAAUCGGAACAAGAGCCUCGGCGGGGAUCUGGAUACAGCUUUACACUGUUCCAAAAUGUUUGGGGAUGGAUGAUCCAAGGAGCAAGCAAAAUUUUGUGCUGCCAGUUUGAUUAAGUUUCCCUUUCCAUGUGCGGUUCUAUGGGGGUAGUCCUCCAGACGUCCCUCUAAUUAAUCCAACUUAGUGGUAGUAGGGAAGGUGGAAAUCUAUCACGUGCCAGUGGCAUGUGAGUUGGAGGAGGCAGCAGUUGGAACACAACCCGAGUCUACAUUUUUGUGCUUGGUGAUAUGCUGAUCGAUUGCGGGAGGCAGGGGAGUGAACUGGUAGUGUAUUUACCUUUUGUUUUAGCCCCUGUAGCUCUCUUGUCCUGAAGGUGCUGCCACCAUGCCAGCACAAAAUGUUUAAAAGACCCAAAAUCUGUGGACUCUGUGCUGAGAAUGAGAGAUGUAUCAGUACAUAGGCUGACAUCUGAAAGCUGGAUGGGUUUAAGCUAUCAUCAUUCUUUCUUUCUUAACAUCACUGCAUUUGUUGAUUAGAGGUGAAAGGAGGGAGAAAAAACUUGUAGGGGACUUGGAAAGUUGUGUACAGAGAAACAGAGGGAAAGUACAGAAAUGAUGUAAACAGCAUCCCACUGAAACUGAAGGCAUGGUGCUAUUAUGUUAGUUCAACUGACUUGUAUAUACUUUCAGGGUGCAAUUUGAUGAUUCUUUUUAAUAUACGUCAUUCAUCAUCUAAUUUACAUACUGCAAAAAUGGUUUUAACAGAGUUAGUUUGCCCAUUGGAUCAUGUUCUUGCCAAAGCUGUUUUCCUGCAGGAAGUAGCUACAGCAGGAAAGAGAGCCAGGUACAUCGUUUAUGUUUGUAAAGUGUUUUUUUUUUUAGGUGAUAGCAAAGAUGUUAUUUCUAGCAAGCUUGAAAUUUAUAUUCUUUAUAGACAUUUUAUUUACUGCUCUACAGCCUUACAAUCCUGGUUUAUUGUAGUGAAAUAACAAUGACCUGGCAGGGUUGCUGGCCGUUGGGUGGCUGCUUCAGCCGGCCUGCCUCAUAUUUGUAGUUGAUAGGCUGUGUUUGAGUCUGCAUAUAUACCAUAUAUUCUGUUAUGUGGCCCUUUCUCAAAAUUUGCAGCUUCAGGAGUUUCACUAAUAAUCUCGAAUAUAUGUAUUGGAGUUUGCUACAGGACUGUAUGUGACAGGUAAAACUUUGGAAAUUGCCCUUACCCACAUGUGAUGUAGAUCUCUACGGCAACAUCUCUGUGUUACUGGGAUGCAUUAAAGUUUAGCUCCUGAAUGUGUAGUGGUUGAGCAUAUGAUAUUUGAUUGUAUGAGAAAAGUUGGGUUCCAAAGGAUUUCGGUGAAGGACAAAGCUAACAUGAAGAUGAAGGCCAAAGCAUUGGGCAAAACCUGGAGUUGCAGCAAUUCAAACUGGUUCUUGCUGCGGUGAGGUAAUUCCUAUGUCGCGUGGGUUGAUUGAUUUUUCCAAGUGAUGAUUUAUAUGUAAUUAGAUAUGCUAUCAGCCUAUCCUGCUGACGCCCGACAUAAUAAGUGCUUUGGAAAACGUCAUAGUUGAACUUAUUCAAUCGUCUGUUGUAUUAUUCCCAUCUGCUUCACUUAACAUAUAUUACUCAAUUCUCUCGACGGUUUUCUUAAUCACGAACUCCUUGUAAUCUAGCUCCGACCCUGAUCCAUUUCUGAACUUCACAUUUGGGCAGUGUGUAUCAAAACUCGCCUCAUGUAACUUUUUUCAGAAGCCAAAAGUAGAGGUGUCAAUCAGCAUGGUUACAAUCAGCGGCACCGCUUAGAAUGGAUAUUUGUACCCGUUUUAGGAGUGGAUAAUUGGAUCUACUAAUCGUCAUAGUUAGUAAAUACUUUGUUUAAUA